CUAUCUCUCUCUUUCUCUCUCUUUGUUGCACGUGCACGAGCAUUCCCUCUCUCUUUUCACUGUUGCGCGUGCACGAGCGUUCUCUGUCGCACGUGCACAAGCGUUCUCUCUCACUGUUGUGCGUGCACGAGCGUUCGGUCUCUGUGCGCGCGCGUGCACGUCUUGCGGUUAAAACCCCCUCCAUUGUAAACAGCUGCGCGCGUGCGCGUCAAGUCUCGGGUAAAGAGAGACACAGAGACCAAAGAAGAACAAAAUACAUUAACUGUCCGAGAUAAAAACCAAAAAAAGUUGAAAGAAUUGUGACUGUGCAACAUCAGUAGUGAGCGUCUCGUCUCGUCUUGUCUCGUCUCUCUCCUCAGCUCCCUGAGACACCAACUCGAGCUCUACUCAUCAUCUGUAAGCGAACACACACACUCAACACUACACACAGAUCAUCUUGACGUCCUGUUUGAUGUGAUACAAACACCCGGUGCUAUCUGACGCUUCGUCAUGGCCUCCGUCUCCAAAAUCUCUGAGCUGGACAUCCCGGAUAACCACCAGGAAAGCUGGCUGGCUCUGCUCACCGCCGCCGAGGCAUACUGCCAGAAAUCGGGCUGUGACCUGGCCAUCCUGACCGCCUGCAAGAAGUUCCUCCCAUCCAGCACUGAAGGAGAAGCCGUGAUAAAGAGAGAAGGGGGCGUAGCCGUGACGGCAGGAAGCAGGAAGUGGGAUUUUGGUUAUCACGUGUGGGGUCAGGGGGCGCUUGCCGAGGCGUCACGCCGAUACCUGGACGACAUCGGCGUGCUCCAUUCCACCACAGUGCUGACGGCACAGAGACACGCCCGCCUGUCCACAGGGGAGGGCGGGGCCAAACUGGGCGUGGACAUUUCCUCUGAGAGGCCGACGCCGGUGGGUGAUGGGGGCUCGGGGUUGGGUUUGGGUUCGGGUUCGGUCAGUCCUGGAGUGAGACUGUACUCUCAGAGCUACCCGUCCAUCUACAGUCCUGCGGCGGUCAGCGCCCUGCCCUCGGCUCAGCAGGGGAACGGAGGGAGAGAGAGAGACAGGGCGGCUAUGGGGGAGGUAGAGAGAGCGAGGGAGAGGGCUGGCAUCGUGGACCUGGAGGAGGAAGAGGAGGACAACGGAGAGGAGGAUGAUAUGGAUGGACGCAGACACAAUCUCAACGAGUCGACAGGUGUGUUCUCCAUGGAUGAAGACUCUCUGUCUCAUGACUGUGAGCCGUUUUUCGAGUCGGAUGGUGAAGAGGAGAGCACUGAUGGUUCUCUGAGCGAGGAAGCUCCUCCUCCUCCACCUCCUCGAGGCGUGGCCAUGGGUCACCCGGCAGUGUCUCGUCUGUCUCACCCCACAGCUCUGGCGCGCUCGCUGCCCGUCUCGGUGCCUGUGUGGGGCUACAGGAACAACCGCUCGGCGCAGGGCGACUCUCACAGUGGAGAGCGGGCCGGCUGUGCGGAUCUCGAUCGCAUCGCUGCCAGCAUGAAGGCUCUUUUAGCUCCGGCAGCCACUGAUGGAACGGAGAUGUUCGGCGCGCUGCCUCGACCUCGGCUCAACACGGGCGACUUCUCUCUCAAGCACUGAUGGAGUGUGUGUGUGUGUGUGUGUGUGUGUGUGUAAGUAACAAAUUCUAAGACAUUACCUGAGACGGGAUGUGUGUGAAAAUGAACUGGGAUGUAAAUACGACCCGAACCUGUUAUUUUUUAGACUCUAAGACUGGUCUCAACAUUUAACCUAAAUUUCCUUUUUUUUUUUUUUUAAAACAAGGCAGAAGGAAAGACGGAGUUUGAGAUCUUAUUGAGCCGUAUCGAGCUGUUUUAGGAUCAGUGCUUGCCUUUUGUAAACACUGGUGUGUUUAGGGAGGAGCUGAUCCUGGAUUUAAAUAAAUUAAAAAAAAAAAAAGAGAAGCUGCGUUCACAAGGAUGUUUUUAGUGUCCGAAUCCACUCUGGUGUUCAUUUGAGUAACGUUAAUGACGUAUAGCUGCACGAUACGAUAAUACGAUAUCGAUAUUGCGAUACAUUAUUACCAUUAUAAUCAUGACUUUUAUAAGUGUUGCGCAUUGGUGGUUUAAUACCUCCAUCUCUAUAGUUUGGAUUUUAUUUCCAUUUUUCCUUUUUAAAAAUAAUUUUUUUAAUAACUCAGUUUUUUAUAACGUUGUGCCUCAUAUCUUUAUCAUCAAGUCAUCAUUAUGAACAGGUCUGGGGGCGGAGAUGAAUAUUCAGGUUCCGCCCACAACAAAGCAACGAUGCAUAUUGACACCUUUCUUUUUCCUGCUUUAAAAUGUCCUUGUGAACUCGGGUGGAAGGAACGUAGAUCGGCCUUGGCAUUUAAUAUUAGUCCGAUCUGUACGUGAACCUGGGUGGAGCUGAAAUUAACACGGAGGACACGGAGAACUUCUCAAGAAUUGACCCAAUUUGUCGGAAUAUGGAAAUCUUUAGGAUGAGCAUCUCGAAGCACGAGACGAGUUCUGCUUAUGCUUCUGGAAAAAACAAUCAGUCAGCGAUGGCUGCUUUUAUUCUCACCUGUUCCUGUUCGGAUUGCUACAGGUUUAGCUAACUCAUGCUAAUCUUGCUAGCAAUAUUAAAAAAAAAAAAGUCGUUGGCAUAAAUCUAGUGAAGCAUAAAGCUGGAUGUUUGCUUGCAUCAUCAUUCGCAGUUCUGUCGCUAAACUAGAUUUCAGAUGAACAGUCUCAUCGUCCACACGUUGCUUUCGGUCACAUGACCUUUCAAGCUGUCGUAUGUGAGCAACACUAAGAGAAUCAGCACGCGCCGCGUUCGCGGGUGUUGCUGACACCAUAUGAAGCUAAUUUACACGCUGAUAUAUCGAGGGAGAGUGAAAGGAGCUAAACACUACGUUCUUUGGAAAUCGACACUACGCUCCGAUAUGUGAGGUGAAUUUUUUUGCACUAACACGAUAACGGUGGAGUGCGACGUCUGUGAAUGACUGAUGAUGAUGAUGAUGUCAGUCUUACACAUUUCACACCAUGUGUUCAGUGUAUAAACAGAAUGUUUUGAAUAAAACUGAUCGUUUGUUGUUGAACAAAAAA